UGGUGCAGCACUAGUCCGGGAACAACCAGCAGCAUAAGCGUGAGCACUCUCAUUUCCUCUCUGUUAAUAUUAGGAGUAUCGCGAAGACGAUUCUACAUACAACGGGAGUGCCGGUGCAUGAGUGUUUAGUGAUCAAUGAACUCAGCGUUGCUGUAUAUUGGGGCGUGCUGCCACGGGUCUUAUUAAGCCGGCAGACAUGACAAUGUAAUAGUGAAUUAUAAAUCAAAUUUUCCAUAAGGAAAUAAAUUAUAGAUGGUCAUUCUACAGUUUACAGUAGAUGACUGAAAAUGAAUGAUAUAGAAAGCAUAAGCAUGAAAGGCAGUGGAGGAUCUAAGAUGCCUCAUAGUCAUUCGACUCCAGCAGGUGUGGAUGGAGGUAGUAGAACCCCUCCUACAACACCUAGAAAAGCUGGUAAAAUGCUUGCUGUUCGUGUGCAGAUGUUGGAUGAUACGAUUACAAUGUUUCAAGUUCAGGCAAAAGCUUUAGGCAGAGUGUUAUUUGAUCAAGUUUGCAAACAGCUACAUCUUUUGGAAGCUGAUUAUUUUGGUUUGGAGUACCAGGAACCUAAUGGAACGAAAUAUUGGUUAGAUUUAGAGAAGCCGGUUUGUAGACAAGUUGGACUAUCACUAAUAGAUCCCAUAUUAAGAUUUUGCGUUAAAUUUUAUACACCUGAUCCAGCACAAUUAGAAGAAGAGUUUACAAGAUAUCUAUUUUGUCUUCAAAUUAAACGGGAUUUAGCCCAAGGUCUAUUACAAUGCAAUGAUAAUACGGCAGCUUUGAUGGCGAGUUAUAUUGUGCAGGCCGAGUGUGGAGAUUAUGUGAUAGAGGAUUAUCCAGAUCAUACGUAUUUGUCAACUUAUAAAUUUGUGCCUCAUCAAGAUCAAGAACUAGAGCGUCGCAUUAUGGAAAAUCAUAAAAAACACGCAGGCCAAUCACCGGCAGAAGCAGAUCUCAAUCUGCUGGAAACAGCGCGUCGCUGUGAAUUGUAUGGGAUGAAAAUGCAUCCAGCUAAAGAUCACGAGGGUGUACCGUUGAAUCUGGCUGUGGCACACAUGGGGAUAGUAGUCUUUCAAAAUUUCACCAAAAUAAAUACAUUCAGUUGGGCUAAAAUCAGGAAAAUCAGCUUUAAAAGGAAACGAUUUUUAAUUAAACUUCAUCCAGAGGGUUACGGUUAUUACAAAGAUACUGUGGAAUUCUUUUUCGAAGGACGCAACGAAUGUAAAAAUUUUUGGAAAAAAUGCGUAGAGAAUCAUGGAUUUUUCCGUUGUUCGGUGGUCAAACGAGUAGUACGACAAAAAACACGAGUUCUCAGUCGUGGCUCGUCAUUUAGGUACAGCGGGAAAACUCAGAAGCAAAUCGUGGAAUUUGUUCGGGACAAUUACGUGAAGAGGCAAACGUUUCAAAGCCCUGGAAACCCCAGCUCUGUCUCUAUCAUGCGGCUCGAUGACACUGGAUUCUCCGACGACUGUGACGAGUGUCUCGAUGGGAGGGACGAUUCACCGUCGCGAAGACACAGCUACGUCGUUUCGGACACUUACCUCCAUCGACGUCCAUUCCCCGGCCACUCCCAGCCAGGUCCCAGUACCGCGGCAGAUGCUUGCUGCCAGCCAGCAACGGAUUUCAUCAGCAGGACACACGGGACACGACGUUUAUUUGCUGCGAAUCGAAAUAUGGAAGAUGGUCGUUAUUUAGUAUUCUCGUUCGUAUCAUUCUUCGCGAUCAAAUGCAGAAAUGAUCGUCGGAGCCAUAUAUGUGUGUUGCAUAGAGAGGGGGGAAAAGGCGAUGACGACGAUGGAAAGGCAGGGGAUUCCGAACAACGACCAACACGAAUAGGUCGUCGGUAUGGAAUUGGUAGCGCGGGAGCACGGAGCGCAUUCGCAUUUUCGAUGUACUCUACGUAUGCUUUUCGACAGGUGGUGAAUACAAUCGUUGGAACUACGCGAACGGCUACGUGAACUCGCCGGCUUGGCACGUGCCACUUCGCAUGGCACAGAUUCGUAACGUAAUGGUUCACGCAACGCCACGCACUCUCACCAAUCGAUUCAUACCGGCAUACCCACGUUGAGAACACUGCGGGACAAACAAAGAAGUACCAUGCUACAUCUCUGAGAAAAUCGGAAGCUUCCUUAGCACGCUAGAGAGAAACAAAGUGAACCGGAGUGAAAGAAAAUCGACGUCACGAGAGACGAUCGGAAAGAAAGGGAGAAGAUGUCUUCGUACUUUCAUCUUCGGUGCUUCGUUCACAUUCACGGUCACGUUUACGAUUCUCGUACGAUCACGUAGCUAUGUUCCGGCGAAGGAGAGAGAAGAUAGGAGACGCGUGUUCAUCGGGUCUCGAGCUGUGGCACGAUUUAAACACGGAUCGAUAGAUCGUGUGGCUGCCACGGAGAAACCUAACGCCACCGAAUUACCGAGCAUAAAUUUGCCAAGAACAUUACCGCCGUUCUUACUUGGAAAGCUCGGAUGCAAAAACCGCGUUUCUCUUGGCACAGAUCCGUUAGCUGCCGUCGCGUCGUCUCGGCCGAUUUUGCUCUCUCGCUUAUUGCUAGUCACCUCUAUAACCUCGUUCCGUUACUCUCCGUUAUAGCGCUCAUUCUGUUCUUCGUCUCACAUCGGCGCACCUUCUACUCCUCUCUUGCGUGUUGUUCAUUCACUAUCCGCAAUAUCAUUCACGUAUGCACUGCAUCUUUAGAAGGUAGAACGAUAGCUGAUCGAUUUGUCUCAAAAUAUCGGUGUCCGAGUAUCGCUGGGCGGUUCUUUCGAUUUGUAGCUUAAUCGUUCAAAGUUCAUCUGUUCACUUAACCGUUUCGCGAUGUUUCAUAGAGUUUCCCAAAGAAAACCUACGCUUUAUACAGUUGCAUAGAACUUGCCGAUGUAAGUUCGAGCGUGUACAGUUUAUUUCGAUCAUCCUUUGGUCUUCUUUCUUUUUCUCCUCUUUUCUUAAGAUUUAACGAGUUUUGCGUAGCUGCAACCCUUCUGACAUCCAUCCCUCGGUCGAUCUAGCUUUUAGUUCCCGUAAAAUGCACCGAGAUCUCUUGCCACGUAGCUAUCACUUUAGUUCACCUCGCUAGUCUGUCAUUCAAGUUGGUCUACCCUCCGUUAUUGUGCGCAGAGAUGUGAAUUUUUGCGAGACGUCGACGCGCUUUUGACGGUUUCGCGAACGUUCUCGUGAAUUCGAGCUUACAAAUACGUGAGUUGCAGUAAUAGCCGCGGUGUUAAUCAUGCGCUAUCCCCGAAAUGCAACAAGAUCCCACGAUCGAAUCUGCUAAAGCGUCAUUUAGUCGCGACGCACUGAUUAAACUCACAUCUCUAGUUGCAGUGUGGUACUUGAUUUUGCAGCAUCGUACACGUACAUACACACUUGCGUUGAACGUGUGUCAACUAUUUUCUACUAUUUAGGAACCUUGUGAACCAUUACGUAGCGAACCCUGUCACGAUUCACCAACGGUUGUAUCUUUGUCGCUUGCCACGAUAUCUUUCAUAGUAUUACCUACCGUUACCUAUAUCGAGUACCCUACAGAGGAAACAUCCCUAACGAAUCGGGCCACCCACGUCACAUAACCAAGACACAUCGAACGCACUCGUCUACACUCGUGUCACCCGGGAUACUUCUCCAUAAGUUUUGCAACGUAUGUGUAUGACACUGUAUGAUUGUACCUCCGAUUCUACGUUUUUUCUUCGAUCCUUCUUUCCAUUUCCACUUUUCUCUAACCGUGACCUUCUUCCAGGUGUUCAUGCUCGCUGUCUUUUUUCUAUGUUGUUACGUGUUCAACGUAUCCUCACGGUCACACGGUGUAUCGCAACGAGACUAGAUCCGUUUCCUUCGACCCUCUAUCACCCGAGCAUUCGCUUCUUAUCGGCUGCUCGAUCGAAGAAAACUACCGACUAUGUACUUGUUUCAUUCUUUUCUGUUAUCUCUGCCUCGUCGCAUUACGGUGUUGCGAUCGAAGUAUUACGAUACUCUUUUAAAUAUUCAUAAUUAUUCAUAAUACUUUUUGUCGAUUAGUGCCAAAUUUUGCGUAAACGCAGUUAAAACGAUCGUAUUUAGAAUCGUAUUUGUUGGGUAAACGGUACGUUUGAUUUUUUUGCAUAGACGGAAAUCCUCGUCUUCCACGAAACGUUAUCGUAGUCGACUUAAUUAGAUACUUUUUAUAAACUUUUUAUACGCGUUAUACUUGGCGGAUUCCAGAAAGGAUGUAGAACAAAAACGUACCUUCGACGAUCGAUGAAUUUCCGAAAAAACGCAAUUAUCGAUUUCACACAUUCACAUAUUUUCGAUUCUUUCCCAUUUUUACUUAAGAAUAAUCGUAGCUUUCGAGAAGCGGGUCAAACGAACGAUCGAUUUAAAAGAUGAUGAAGGAGGGAAAGCGAAGGUUACUUAUAUAUCAAGAAAGAUAACGCGUGUCCGUCGUGUCGGCGCUCCUCCAAUUUGUAAUUUGUACCUUUUUUCGAUCGUUUAUCAACAUACCGUACUUGUUAGCUCUCUCUCUCUCUCUCUCUCUCUCUCUAUACGUACACGCACAGAUACGUGCAAGCGCGUGUGCGCGUAUACAUACAACAAACAGACACACACAUACACAUACACAUGCACACAAGGAUACGGUCCGACAAUACGCGGUGAUUUUCCCCUGAAGAACUGAAAUUCAUGGUUCAAAGAAAAAGAGAAAGAUGAGAGAGGUAGGUAGCCUUAAAAAGGUCUUAAGCGUUAAAAAGGGGAAUCACGGCGUUCGAGGGAAGGGAAGAUAACAUUUCAAGCGUAGGAAAUCUCUAUUGUACAUUGAUUAUUGAUUAUUGAUACAUUAAUUAUGAUAAUAAUAAAUUAUAUACAAAGUCACA